AUGUCUUCCCCCUCACUUUCGUUCGAAAUCUCUUCAAGCGAAGCCUAUCCCCAUGACUCCAGAUUUGCGCCUCGAGUGGCAAAACUACUAAUUAGAAAAGUCGCAAUCGACACGCCAGGACUUUUAGCAUGCACCUCGAGAGGUGUCGUUCCUCAUCUCUCCCGAGAUAAUGUGAUCAGAACAAAAGGAAUACGAUGGAUCCACGUCCCUUUCGAGACAUUCCUAGAGCAUAAGCCACCAGUGCCGACUCUACAACCGCAACAAGGACAAUCGCCCAAGAUCAACUCAUUCCUCCGAUUUCCGGAAGAUGAAUACGUGCUCUCGAUGUCGCUAAGAGAUCCCGCUGAUCGGAGGGAAAUGCCUGCUAACACAAACGUGUAUGUUACUGCCAAUUGCAUUCGUGGAGUGAAAAAGGUCACGCCUAGUGACUGGCGAUCGUAUAUGAUUUCUUGCAAUCCCGAUAUUAUCUUUUCAUUAUCUGACAUCCCGUUCACAACUCCUCCAUACUCUCAAAAACGCCUCACGAAGAGCAUAGAGAGAUCGGCCCUAUGGCUAGCGCAUAUGUUACAUUCUGGACCAGACUCGACUUCGACUCCAUCGAAUGUUUUUGUUCAAAUGGUUGGUGGGGCAAGCGCGCCAGCUCGUACUACGUUUGCAGAGUCUUUAGUGGAAGUGUUACAUGGCAAAGAGGCAGAUGCCAUCCAACCGCGGAAGUGCCUUGACGAGGGAGUUGCAGGCUAUGCGUUCGAUAUGGUCCCUCUUCGCCUGGCUAUUGAAGGAGUUCAAGGCCUUUCACCGAAUCAUUCAACCAUCGUAUCCCUAAUUCAAGCUUCCCUUCUUGUUUUACCUCCUAAUAAACCCCGGUUAGUGACGUCCGCCCGCGGGCCUCAUGAAAUGCUUCUCUUGAUUCGGGAAGUAGGUAUUGAUCUUUUCGACACGUAUUGGGCCCAACGAGCAGCAAAUAUUGGAGUCGCGCUUGAUUUUUCGUUCCCGGCUCAUAUUGUAACCGGGAAACGCGAUCUAGGACACAACCUGUACGAUACCAAAUAUACACGAGAUUUCACUUCUAUGAUGGGGAAUCAUGACAAGGAUUCUCCAGGGAUCUGUUUGUGUGCCGCCUGUUCACCAUAUUCCACUCCUUCACCGGAAAUUUUACGACAUAGUUCCAUGGAUGAACCUGAUAAGCACCGGGAUUCGUCCGAUUCCCCCAAUCCUCCGUAUACAAAAGCAUUCCUCCAUCACCUUCUACAUACGCACGAGAUGUCUGCACAUAGCUUACUCGCGCUGCACAAUAUCACUGUCAUGGAUGCAUUCUUUGCCGGAAUCAGGGGCUUGAUAUCGCAUAAUAGCGCAUCUAUCUUUGAGGCGGAGAUUCGAAGGUUCUUCGAAACAUAUAUGGAGGACACUGAUGAUAUGUCACGUAUGGAACCCAACGUAUUUGAGAGAGCUGAAAAAGCGUGGGGCGAAGUAGAGCUCCUUAGGGGCAAAGGAAGGAUUGCAAGGGAAACUGAGAGGGUCAAAGCGGAGUCCGCUGUGGCUGCAAACGAGGUGUUAAAGAAGGAGAUGGAGGAGAAAGGUGCUGAGGGUGCUGUCAAUGUACCAUUGGCUUCAAAUGGGGAAGUCAUGAUGUAG